AUGCCAGUCACCAGUGCAGACCAGCAGUGCCAGUCACCAGUGCAGACCAGCAGUGCCGGUCACCAGUGCAGACCAGCAGUGCCGGUCACCAGUGCAGACCAGCGUGCCAGUCACCAGUGCAGACCAGCGUGCCAGUCACCAGUGCAGACCAGCGUGCCAGUCACCAGUGCAGACCAGCGUGCCAGUCACCAGUGCAGACCAGCGUGCCAGUCACCAGUGCAGACCAGCAUGCCAGUCACCAGUGCAGACCAGCAGUGCCGGUCACCAGUGCAGACCAGCAGUGCCUGUUACCAGUGCAGACCAGUGUGCCAGUCACCAGUGCAGACCAGUGUGCCAGUUACCAGUGCAGACCAAUGUGCCAGUUACCAGUGCAGACCAGUGUGCCUGUUACCAGUACAGACCAGUAUGCCAGUCACCAGUGCAGAUGAGCAUGCCAGUCACCAGUGCAGACCAGUGUGCCAGUCACCAGUGCAGACGAGCAUGCCAGUCACCAGUGCAGACCAGUGUGCCAGUCACCAGUGCAGACCAGCAGUGCCGGUCACCAGUGCAGACCAGCAGUGCCAGUCACCAGUGCAGACCAGCGUGCCAGUCACCAGUGCAGACCAGCGUGCCAGUCACCAGUGCAGACCAGCGUGCCAGUCACCAGUGCAGACCAGCGUGCCAGUCACCAGUGCAGACCAGCGUGCCAGUCACCAGUGCAGACCAGCGUGCCGGUUACCAGUGCAGACCAGUGUGCCGGUCACCAGUGCAGACCAGCAGUGCCUGUUACCAGUGCAGACCAGUGUGCCAGUCACCAGUGCAGACCAGUGUGCCAGUUACCAGUGCAGACCAAUGUGCCAGUUACCAGUGCAGACCAGUGUGCCUGUUACCAGUACAGACCAGUAUGCCAGUCACCAGUGCAGAUGA